AUGAGGGAGGAGAGAGUGGAGCAAUAUAAAAAGAAAAGGAAGAAAAAACUGAAGAGGGAUGAAAAUCCCAUUGUGAGAGAGUGGCGGUGGGAUUACAAUGAAUUGUAUUGGUUGGAAGCGGAGCAGCAUGGUGUCAUUGUUUAGUUUAUUCAGACCAUUAUUGCCAGAGCUGCAGUCUUAAGUAGCCAUUGAUUCUUAUUUAGGAGUACCCAGUCACGAUUAAGAGGGUCGUAAAUGUGGAUUUAAAACAGGGAUCCUCUGCGAUAACUCUCCCUCUCUCCAUCUACCUCUAUUUCUCUCUCACCCUUUCCUUUCUCUUUCGUUCCCUCUGCUCGUCUUCAGGGCCUCUCUUCUUCUGACUCACUAUAUCUUUUCUCUAUCUCCGUCAGUAUGUUGAUAUACUUUCUUGUUCUGAAAUGUUACUACCAAUCAUCACUACUCACACAUGGUUCACUUCCUGUCCGUCACCAUUCCCACUGUCUCCUGCAGCCUGUCGUCGUCUUCAUAAUAUACAUGAGAAAACAAGAGGACAGGUUAAUAUUAAGUCACCAUCAUCUUUAUACAUCAAUGAGACACAGUGUAUGGUUUCUGUAUUCUUUGGAUAGAAAAUAAAUAUAAGACUAGUUAAUGUGGAAAUUGAUGUAAAAGGCACACCAAAAGCAUUGCAGAUCCAGACACAUUCUUUUCUCAAAGAUUAUAAUCAGUAAAACACUAACCAACACAUGAUGAUACAAUCUCAGGUUUGCUGUUUGGUGUUUGAGACAAUAUCUGAAAGACCAUUCCCUUAGUUAAAUUCCGGAUCAAGUUGAAGCAGACAUGUGUUUGAUCCAAUGGCAGUGUUCUUUGGUUGUUAAUUACCACUGACUUCAUUUUUUCAUUAUGCGUUCCAAAAAAAGAAAGACAAAAUAAAUGAAAAGGGAUUUGAUUGGAAAAAAACGACUUUUCUCUCUAUCUCUCCCACCCCCCUCUCUCUUUCACCCUGCACUAACUGCCUUUGUGUGCCCUGACUGUGGCUGCAUAUUGAGGAAAUGAGCGGUGGCAGUGGGAGAGAAUAGAUAUUAAUUAAGCAGGGAUUCAGCAUUGACUCUGCCUUGUACAUAAGACAAAAGGUUAAGUAAAUGCCAGGGCUGCAGUGUCACUUCCACCAAUGAGUAUUAGCUUAGGAAUCACUAAUGUCUGCAGAGAAAACCCAGUCCAAUUGGACUCCUGAUUGCCAACCAGUGUGGGGGCCAGGGCUAUUUCAUUUCAAUCUGUGGCUAAAUUAGGUGGCUACGUCAGGUUAAAACACACAAUUAUCUGAGCUAGGAGGGGCACAGGGGGACUGGGACUUGGAACGCAGUGUGGGAUUAAGAUCGAACUCGCCAGCAAGGAAGAUCAACUUUUUCAGUGGACUGCUGACAAAUCAGAGAGGAGUAUCCCUAGAGCAUGGACCCUUAAGCCUCACCCUGCUCUGUUAACCUGCAUUGUCUGUAGGUAAUCGGGAAGAAACCCACAAAUAUACACAUACUCCUCUGGGUGGGGAAUUGGCCAAAAUGGGAUAGAAGAGAGACUGGUGUGUAUUGAGAAUAAUAUUUGAUCUAUUUGGUGGUGAAUAUGAAUAUGAAAAUGUAACAGCUGCAGCUGGAUUCAGUGCCACAACUAUUAAAAAAGUGAAUGAUCCCAUCGACUUAAAUACUUCAAUAGACUAGUUAGGCAGCAAUGUUGUUAACAUGUGACCAGUCACUUGCAUUUUACAUUAUAAGUCCACAGUUCCUGUCCUCAACGACAUUAAAGGCCCAGUGCAGUCAAGAUUGUGAUUUUCCUGUGUUUUAUAUAUACUGUACCUCCACACUAUGAGGUUGGAAUAAUACUGUGAAAUUGGGAAAAUUAUGAUUAUGCCCUUUUAGUGUAAGAGCUGUUUGAAAGGACUACCUGAAAUUUAAGUCUGUUUUGGUGGGAUAGAGUUUUGGCCUGCCUGGUGACAUCACCAGGCGGUGAAUUGGUUAAUAGACCAAUAAGAAAGAGAGUUCCAAGCCUCUCUGCCAAAAACAGAUAGUUUUUAGUUUUCCCCUCCCCAUUCCCAGACAGUCUUAGCAAAAUUAUUUCUUGAGAAAUUGCUCUUUGCUAAGAAGCUAUUUUUGUUUGUUGUUCACCAUUUUAAUUUAAAACAAUCACAGUGAGGUACUUAAUUGUUACCCAGAAAUGAUUUGAUAUUGAGAAGGAAAAAAAUUGCUGCAUUUGAUCUUUAACAAAAAAAAUACUAAUUCUGCAAGUGCACAAAAACUUGCCCAUGGUCAAGAAAUAGUUGAUAGACCAAAAAAUAAUUUUUUAAAAAUAAGUAAACAAGUGAGGCAGGGAGACUAAAUAUAGGCCUCUUUGUAUUGAGAGAAAUUGCAGAAGCGUUUGAGCAUCGCUGAGGAGCCGUUUGGAACAUAUGGCGUUUUAAUUCCUGUUUGUCUCAUCUGGAUAACUCCGGCCCUGAGAUUCUCGCACCCACCAUCAGAGAAAAUCGUCAGAACUGGAAUACUUAAGAACAAAGGGCUUAAAUGUCUACCCUAAUGGGUUGUAUUCACAAUUUCCCCCCUGCAAAAUUAUUAAACCGAGAGCUGCUGCGUUCAUUAGUGAUGUAUUUUAUUUUCAUGAAAUGUUAUCCUCCCCUUCUCCUUCGCUUAUUUUGUGUUGAUUUCCCAGUUAGAGACACACUGAGUGGAGUCCUCAAGAAGACACAGCCCUGUCAACAAUCACACACACACCUUCUCUCACAUCUGACACUCAGCAGAACACUGCUAUGUGAAUAGGUUUGUGGCUGUUCAUUUUUAAUCGUGCACGCCUUUUGUACUGGUUGACAGCUAGCGAAAAAUGACUAAUAAGUCCAGUGCUGCUGCUAUCCAGCUGUGCUGAAGCCUUUCUGAAGACAGAAACACAGAAACACACACACACAAUGAUGAAAACAUACUGACACACACACCUACCCCCCCCCCCCCCCCCCCCCCUCCCCCCAACCCCAACCCCAAGUCCCCAACACACACACACAGACAAACACACAGUCUAAUCAUCCCCACUGUCUCGCACUCCGCUGGUAGUCACCAGAACACCACCCAGCCAUCAUGGACCAAUUAACUGGUCAUAUUUCUGUCUUCAAGUCUAGGCUACUGUAGCUGAAUGGACAGCACUGGAGUAGCAGCCUACUGUUCACGUACUGUACCUCAAGAUGGCAGUUAAUUUGUUGCAUUGACUCCGUGCUGGUCAUUGUGAAAAAUGCAAAAUUAUUGCAUGCUUUUUUCAGCCUUUUUCCUGCAUAUUUGGCCAGCUUUAUCUAGGAUCUCUAGUGGCACAGCUAGCACUGCGAUGCAGUGCCUUAGACCACUGCGCCACUCGGGAGACUGUCAUGACAUUGUCUUGCUGAAACAGGAAAGGGGGUCCCCAAACUGUUCCCACAAAGUUGGAAGCACAGAAUCGUCUAGAAUGUCAUUGUAUGCUGUAACGUAAACAUUUCCCUUCACUGGAUCUAAGGCCUAGCCCGAACAAUGAAAACAGCCCCAGACCAUUAUUCCUCCUCAACCAAACUUUACAGUUAGCACUAUGCAUUCGGGCAGGUAGCAUUUUCAUGGCAUCCGCCAAACCCAGAUUCGUCCUUCGGACUGCCAGAUGGUGAAGCGUGAUUCAUCACUCCAGAGAACGUGUUUCCACUGCUCCAGAGUCCAAUGGUGGCGAGCUUUACACCACUCCAGCCGAUGCUUGGCAUUGCGCAUGGUGAUCUUAGGCUUGUGUGUGGCUGCUCGGCCAUGGAAACCCAUUUCAUGAAGCUCCCGACGACGUUGCUUCCAGAGGCAGUUUUGAACUCGGAAGUGAAUGUUGCAACCGAGGACAGACAAUUUUUCCACAUUACGCGCUUCAACACUCGGCGGUCCCGUUCUCUGAGCUUGCGUGGCCUACCACUUCGCAGCUGAGCCGUUGCUCCUAGACAUUUCCACUUCACAAUAACAACAUUUACAGUUGACCAGGGAAUCUCUAGCAGGGCAGAAGUUUGACAAACUGAUUUGUUGGAAAGGUGGCAUCCUAUGACGGUGGUUAAAAGGCACUGAGCUCUUCAGUAAGGGCCAUUCUACUGCCAAUGUUUGUCUAUGGAGAUUUCAUGGCUGUGUGCUCGAUUUUAUACACCUGUCAGCAACGGGUGUGGCUGAAAUAGCUGAAUCCACUAAUUUGAAGGGGUGUCCACAUGCUUUUGUAUAUAGUGUAUAUCUCUUCUCCCUAUAGAGCAUUAUAUGUGUGUAAUUGUAUAGUAAAACAUGGUCAGUGCUGACCCAUAUGGAGCUAUCUGUAUCAUGAGGAGACCACAUAAAUCAGUUGAGUUGCCAGGUAACAUGAAAAACGAACAUCCCUGCUAUACUAGCGGGGUCUGUGGAGCCAUGUGUCAGUAAAGACCACUCUAUGUAAUUUGAUGAGGUGCUGACUGACUGGUCUGACUAUAAGUCAAAAACGGGAGGCAUCUUAAUGUGCUGAGGACAGGGGUAUUAAACUGGGCUCGGACCAGGAGAAGUAAGAGCAGGGUGUGAAACUGUCAUGUCACUGCUCUUAGUAGUCUACCACUAUGAGUGACACGUUAAAAUGAUGUUACUGGACAGGAUGUGUAAAGAGACAAAGUGGCGCCAAGUAUAACACAGUUUAGAGAAACACACACAGACCUCGACCAAGAGUGACAGAGCCCCUUCCUCCCCCUCUAUCCACUCUUACACCCCCCUCACCAAAUACACAACAGGGACCCUCUGCUACACAGACCCUCUGCUAUAGUUUAAUGCCAAACAGAGAGACAGAGAAGGGGAGGGAGAGGGAGGGAACCCUCAUGCUGACAUCCAAUGCAGACUCAGAUGCCUCUGUAUUGCAGCAUAGCAAUACAUGCUGGAACAAUGACAAUACACUACUGCAGCUAAGUACGCCACCAUCAGGUAUAUACACAGAACUACAUACAAUACAAAGGUUAAGCUCGACAAUCAGGUCUGGAUUGAGUGUGUGUGUGUGUGUGUGUGUGUGUGUGUGUGUGUGUGUGUGUGUCUCUGUGUGUGUGUGUACAGAGCAUUCGGAAAGUAUUCAGACCCCUUGACAUUUUCCACAUUCUGUUACGUUACAGCCUUAUUCUAAAAUAAGGGCCUUGGUCAGAGCUCCAGAGUUCCUCUGUGGAGAUGGAAGAACCUUCCAGAAGGACAACCUUCUCUGCAGCACUCCACCAAUCAGGCCUUUAUGGUAGAGUGGCAAGACGGAAGCCACUCCUCAUGCAAAUGACAGCAUGCAUGGAGUUGUCAAACGGCACCUAAAGGACUCUCAGACCAUGAGAAACAAGAUUCUCUGGUCUGAUGAAACCAAGAUUGAACUCUUUGGCCUGAAUGCCAAGCGUCGCAUCUGGAGGAAUCCUGGCACCAUCCCUACGGUGAAGCAUGGUGGUGGCAUCAUCAUGCUGUGGGGAUGUUUUUCAGCGGCAGGGACUUGGAGACUAGUCAGGAUCGAGCUAAAGAUGAACGGAGCAAAGUACAGAGAGAUCCUUGAUGAAAACCUGCUCCAGAGUGCUCAGGACCUCAGAUUGGGGUGAAGGUUCACCUUCCAGCAGGACAACGACCCUAAGCACACAGCCAAGACAACGCAAGAGUGGCUUCGGGACAAGCCUCUGAAUGUCCUUGAGUGGCACAGCCAGAGACCGGACUUGAACCCGAUCUAACAUCGCUGGAGAGACCUGAAAAUAGCUGUGCUGCGACGCUCCCCAUCCAACCUGACAGAGCUUGAGAGGAUCUGCAGAGAAGAAUGGGAGAAACUCCCCAAAUACAGGUGUGCCAAGCUUGUAGCAUCAUACCCAAGAAGACUCGUGGCUGUAAUCACUGCCAAAGUUGCUUCACCAAAGUACUGAGUAAAGGGUCUAAAUACUAAUGUAAAUGUGAUAUUUCAGUUUUUUAUGUUUAAUACAUUUGCUAAAAAAUCAAAAACCAGUUUUUGGUUUGUCAUUUUUGCUUUGUGUGUAGAUUGAUGAGGAAAAAAAACAAUUUGAUCAAUUUUAGAAUAAGGCUGUAACAUAACAAAAUGUGGAGAAAGUGUGUGUGUGUGUGUGUGUGUGUAUUGGGGGCAUCACAGCUCUCUGACUUCAAACAAACUAACACAUAUCAAAAAAGCCGCUAUUUGUUUAUUCUGCGAGCACUAGCGUUACAUCACUUUUGAGUGGAGAUGUUUUUAGGUUAAAUACUGUGUUUAGGAUAAUGGGAAACUGGUCUGGGGUGGGCUAAGGGCUGGAUGGCAUUCUCCAACAGUCGAAUGGGAAACCUUUUUUAAAUAGGAAUUUGGACAGUGCAGCGCCGACUCCCGGACCCUCCCUGGAACAUGGGUGUCUGUGAUCAGGGUGGGUAUUUUAAGAAAAGCAGGGUCUGGAACCCUAAUCCUCCGACACCCAACAAAGCCCACUACCCAUCUGCCAGGCUCAGCCCCCUUCAGUUCAGUACAGCCCCAACAAGGUCCCAAGACAAUGCCUCUUCCAUUACCCCCAGGACAAAUAUCAAGACAGCAAUAUUUUCCUCUCGUACAUGCCUAACAUGGUGCACUCCUCCUGGGCUGAGAGAGAGAGGAGAGAGCGAGAGAGCGAGAGAGCGAGAGAGAGAAAGCGAGUGAUUAUUCUAAUUUACUACCUGAUGUAUAUCUAAAUGAAGUGACAUCAGAGUCAGGGGAUGGACACAACACAAUCACCUGGGGGCCCAGAUAGGAGGGCUACUCUCUACCAGAGUAAUUUGAGGCAUCUGAGUGAGUAACCCUAGCAACACCACAUGCAGCGGGGACUUCCAGAGGUAUUAUUUUGUUUUGUAUUACUUUUUGGGGAGAUUGAGGGGGGAGGAAGGGAAGGGGAAGGGGGAGGGGUUAGAAAGCAUGUCUCCAUAGGCUUCCUGACAAACAUUAUUCAACGGCAUUCCCAUCUGUGUGUUAGGACAUGGUUACAAUGACAUCAAAAUAACAACAUACUGUAUUUGAAUAGAAGUUAGUUGUGUAGGCCUACACUCUGACUAUUUUGAAUAAUAUAUAAUUUAUAUGUCGUUUCAGACCAUAUUUUAUGUGGAAUUUGUGGUAGGGUCAUACUGUAAUUGUUCAGAUGACAGUACAGAAUUGCAGAAUGUAAAGCAUGAAAGAAGUCUACUGAGUGUGUGUAUGAUGACUGGCAUAGUAUGGCCCCUGUUGACAGGCCAGCUGUGGUUCUAGGCUCUGUGCUUACAGCUGGGUCAUCCAUCAAGGUCUGCCUAACGAUAACACUAACCUGUGGUUGACCAGGGACAUGCAUGAGAAUUGACCCUAAAAUUUUGGUUGGCCUAAUACCCUAACACUCCUGUUGUUCACCCUUCACCUACCAAUAGACCCAACCCAACCUCAACCACACACAUUACAGGGACCAUAACUAACCCUAACCCUACCACAUUUAGCGUGGGCAACUAACCACUGAAUUGACAUAUUUCUUCGAUAAUGAUGUGAGCUCUAUCAUAAUGCAUCAUUAUAGUUGCUUCACUCCUCUCUUUAGUCUUCCACUUUGACCCAAGCGACCUAGACGGCAUUCCCAUUGCCUAUAGACCUAGAGAACCAAGCAUGUUCAUACUCAACGUUCCCCCCUACCUCCUCCAAGCCUCUUUCCCCUGUAGGCCUCCCCCUAAUUGUGAACCUCAGUGAGAGAGAGGAGGCUGAUGAAGACUGUUUGACACACUGCUGCAGGCAAAGGAAGGGAAAUUUGAUUGAACUUUGAUGAGAAUUAUAUUAAGGUCGCGUUCAUUUGAGGCUAUGAAAGUUUUCUGCAUGCGCUCAAUGUCAGAAGUGGUGUGUGUCUGUUCUACCGUUGGCCGUGAUUCCUCGUUAUACAUCUGGGAUGCACAUGGAAAUCAGGCAUUAGCUUUCAAACAUCGUUUCUUGAUGUAUCCUCUGAUUUCUAAGAAGUUGAUGUAAAGUAUACAUGUGUAAUGAAUAGGAUCCACUUUCUCAAACCAGAGCCUGGAGGUUCCAGGUACUCCUGGUUAUUCAAGAUCAGCAGCCCUUAGUCUAGGUAGACUCCAGAAAUAGUGAUGAGAUCACAGGAAUAAUAUCAAGUCCUUUCAUAGAAUAUAAAAACAUCAGUUAAUUAAAAUAGGUUGAGAUAAAAUAGUUUGACAAAAGGAUGAUGAGCAUUCCAUUAGGCAGUUGUGUUGGCAUUGGCAUGGUCGAGUGCGGGUGAGGAGGGUGGGGGAUAUUGCUGUGAGGAUGCCAUCUGGCAUUGGUGCUUUCCACUCGGCUCUGCCUGUUUCCUCUGUGCCGGAUCCAGAUCACUGCACACAUACUGGCUCAUAGACACACACACACACAUUUCGUCAGAGUGCACUAAUUGCAACCUGCGCUUGUCAAUCAAACGCUCUUGUUGCUAUCUUCUCAUCAUUAAAUUGUCUUAAUGGUUGAUCAUUUUCUCUAACCCUCCAAUUUAAUGUGUCACUAGGGACACCGUUUCUAUACACCAGAAUACAUAACUUAAAUGACAGAUAUUCAAAGUAUAGCCAAUGCAAUGCAAUGUAGGAUAUACUUUGCAUAUCAAGGCAGUAAGCAUCAAAACUGCAGUCAAACUCUUGGAUUUCAAUUCCCUUUUUUUUCUGCAAUGUCUACCGUGCACUACUGUGUACUGCUGUCAACACAAAUUAACAAACUUUAACAGUGUGAAUCUAGCAUUUCCCAACUGUCUUCAAUUUCCCCUCUUUCUUUCCUUCAAACUCCAAACUCAGCUGUGUUUUUAUAGGACGUUUGUUUUGUUUGUUUACAUGGACAGGUGUUGCAGAGGAAAGACAUCUAACCAACUACUGUAUCACCUUCAUUUAGUGGUGUAUUUUUGGCUUUUUUAUCUUUAAGCAGUCCAGGGUCCUACAAGACAAUAUGCUGGGUUUUGUUAUGCAUGUUUUGCAUGUGUAAUUCUGUAAAAUAAUAAUCAGAAAUGGACAUGACCGCACCUAUUUUGAAGAGAGCCUGCUACACACAAUAACAACUUUGGAAAUGGUUUCAGGGAAGUAACAUAUCUAUAUAAAGUAAUUCAUUUUUACAUAUUUAAAACCUGCUAUUUACCUUAUUUUGUGUACAGAACAGGUUGUGCAGCUUUCUAACCUAUCUCCAUGCUAAAACCUUCACUAAGUGCCAAGAUGUUGCCUCCUAUUUGUGAGACGAGGCCCUGGUUAGGUGUAAACGAAUGGGCAUAUUGAAUAACCUCUAGAGGAGAUAAUUUACUGUGCUGUCGUGCUGCUCACUUCAUCAUUGUGUCACUGAGUGUGAAGUGUGUGUCUUCAUCAUUGUGAAGAUGCAGAGAGCUGAGCGCUGUUAGGAUUAUAGACUGUUUCAGAUGGAGAUUUAAACCUAUUCCUAGCGUUCCUUUCUUCCUUCCUUCCUUCCUUCCUUCCUUCCUUCCUUCCUUCCUUCCUUCCUUCCUUCCUUCCUUCCUUCCUUCCUUCCUUCCUUCCUUUAAAUGCUUGAGCCACAAAAAUCCAACCACGAUUUUGUCCUAAAACGAGGUCAUGGCUAACAUCACUUAGCAUUCAUAAUCACACUCUCCCCACCAUAGUACUUCUAGAUGCUCUCCCCACCAUAGUACUUCUAGAUGUUUCCCAUGAAUAACUAUAAACACAUAACACGCAUCAAAAAUGUGCGUCAGCCGGGAAGAAAUCAAUUUGGGGAGUCUUCAGAAGCCCCACUUCAAGCAAGCUGGUGGGCGAGACAAAGCGGAGAUGGUAAUCGGUAAAGGUUGUGGUGUAAUGCUUUCUCUUUUAGCUUGGCCAGCACCUGAAGCCCAAGGCUUAAUUAGCACCAUAAGACAUACAUUACCAGACGAGACGCAAAUGCCAUCAAAUCACUAACAUCACUGCUCUAAUGGAUCUUAUCGCAAUCCUAUGUGAUGAGGUGUGAAUGAAGGAGUCAGGCGCAGGAGGUAAAACACCGAAGUCCAGAGUUUAUUCCGUUUACAUAAAUAAAACGCACCCAGUGUCAAAACGAAAUGUUCACAAGGGAAAUAUUCCACCUUGGCAAAUACAAAUGGAAGCGUAGCUCAACUGAGCUACUUGCUCUCACAAUGAAACAAUCACUCACAAAGACAAGGGGAACAGAGGGAACACUUAUACACAUACUAAUUAGGGGAAUGAGCACCAGGUGUGUGUGAUUGACAAGACAAGACAUGACAAGUGGAGUGAUGAGAAUGGGAUCGGCAGUAGCUAGUAAGCCGGUGACGACGAACGCCAAAACCUGCCCGAACAAGGAGGGGAGGCAGCCUCGGCGGAAGUCGUGACAUCCUAAUCAUCGCCAUCCUAUAAGGUGCUACACAGUCACUGGCGUAACACCCCCCUACUAAUGCAAGGGUUUUUCUUAAUUUUUACUAUUUUUUACAUUGUAGAAUAAUAGUGAAAUCAUCCAAACUAUGAAAUAGCACGCAUGGAAUCAUGUAGUAACCCAAAAAGUGUUAAACAAAUCAAAAUAUAUUUUAUAUUUGAGAUUCUUCAAAUAGCCACCCUUUGCCUUGAUGACAGCUUUGUACACUCUUGGCAUUGAUAACAUUUGUUAAUGGAUAAUCAUCUAUAUUCUUCUUUUAACAGAUGUCCCAUGCAAAGAAGGACAACACAAGGGUGAUCAAAGAAAAGAUGACCAAGAAAUUUGCACAUCGAAGACAGGAAGUCAUCAACCCGUGUCCCGGUGUUGAAUACAUGAAAGACAGAUGGCCUGCUCUGUUUGAAGCCCAAAAACACAAUACCAAGUGAAAUAUCUUUACUAUGACAAACCUCUUAUGAGCCUUGCUUGACUAUAUUUCAGUACUUGUCUUUCAGAUAAAUGAAGAAUUCCAGAGGCUCACCACAAACCAUCUUGAGCCAAGGUUUAUGGCCAUGUUGGACCAGGACGCCCCUAAGCUGCUGUCCUUAUUCCAUUCCAAGGGAGGAGCACUUGGACACAGAUUGCGGGUCAUGCUGGAUGUCCUACUCCAGGUAAAUAAUUCUCAGGACAAAAUUCACUUCUAUAUUUAGUUGGCUGAUGUUCUGUGCUGCAAUUUAAGCCAUAGGCCCUGCUCUGCUACCCAAGAAUUGUACGCCUUCUAGUAAUACAGGAUACUUGGAUCGGUGAAUGCAUAGAUUUCACUCCUUCACAUGCACAGAUUCAAUCCAAUGAAAACAGUGAUUUUAUUCUAUAUCAGGGUCAUGAUGUGAGAUCAGUGAGGAAUUUUUGUUCAGUGUUACUGAGCAAUGAGCAAUUAAUGGUACGUGGUUUGUGUUGAAUACCUAAUUUCAGAAGCCAUUGACAAGAGAUGUGGUUUUACGUUGCUAGAUUGACUACCUGGCUGAAGAUGGAGGUGACCUCAUUAAAGACUACCAUGUGGGGGCAAUAAAGCAUUUUCUGACCUGAAUAUUCUAUCACCUGUGUGUGUGUAUGUGUGUGUGUGUGUGUGUGUGUGUGUGUGUGUGUGUGUGUGUGUGACAAAGAGAAUGUUCACUGCAUUCUGAUAAUAAUAAGGGCAUCUUGUAAUCCAGCUUGAUUUAAAUUUGCAUGUAAAAUGUGUUCCCAAUAUUGAAAGAAUGUCAUUCUUUUUGUGUUCUUUUUUUAUAGGAAGUUGAAGGGGGUGAUGUCCUGCAGGAACUUGCGCAACAUGUAAUGAAAAUAUAUGUGAUCAAGAAGGAGGGUGCCAUGGCGAGUGAUGAUCCAGAGGAGAUAGGCAUCGUCCUAGAGGGUGUCUUGAUCACCGGUCUGGGCAAUGUCACACAGGCUUGUGCCAUUCUUCUUAGCAUGACAUAUGCUCUGAAUCUCAGCUACCCCAAAAAGCUGAAGUACACGUUCGAGGCAUUCCAGAAACUGUUUGUGCAGCUGGACUGCUCAAAGCUCACAGUCAAGAUGACAGCCCUCAAGAACAAAUUACUGUCUUAA